AUGUCUGGUUCGACCCGGAAAGAAAUGGAUCGGAUCAAAGGUCCAUGGAGUCCUGAAGAAGACGAUCUAUUGCAGUCGCUAGUUCAAAAGCACGGACCAAGGAACUGGUCUCUUAUAAGCAAAUCGAUUCCUGGACGUUCCGGUAAAUCUUGCCGGUUACGGUGGUGCAAUCAGCUUUCUCCGGAGGUCGAGCACCGUGCUUUUUCGGCGGAGGAAGACGAGACGAUCCUGAGAGCUCACGCGCGGUUCGGUAACAAGUGGGCGACGAUAGCUCGGCUUCUCAAUGGUCGCACCGAUAACGCCAUUAAGAAUCAUUGGAACUCGACGCUGAAGCGGAAAUGCAACGGCGGCGGCGGCGGCGGUGGUGGUUGGACGUCCGACGAAGGACAGAGUUGUGAUUUCGGUGGAAACGGAGGUUAUGACGGUAAUUUAACGGAUGAGAAGCCGUUGAAACGGACGGCGAGCGGAGGCGGGGGAGUUGUGUCGACGGGGUUGUUUAUGAGCCCUGGAAGUCCAUCGGGAUCUGACGUCAGCGAGCAAUCUUGCGGACCUGUUUUGCCGUCCUUUUCUCACGUUUUUAAGCCGACGGCGAGAGCUGGCGGAGUGGUGAUUGAAUCGUCGGCGGCGAAAGAUCCGGCGACUUCUCUGAGUUUGUCUCUCCCUUGGGUCAACGAGUCAACGGGGAGAGACACGGCAGAGCUAUUUCCGGUGAGAAGAGAAGAAGCAGAGGAGAAGGAGAAAGGGAUUUCGGGAUUUAGUGGGGAUUUUAUGACGGUGGUGCAGGAGAUGAUUAAGACGGAGGUGAGGAGUUACAUGGCGGAUUUACAGCGAGAAAACGGCGGCGGGGGAAGCUCGUGUAUGGUGCAAGGAGCCAAUGGUCGCAAUGUAGGGUUUAGAGAGUUCAUUGGGAUAGGGAAGAUCGAGUAA